CCACAGAAGCGCCUGCAGGUGGGAAACGCAAAGGUCUCACAUCUUCUCUUCUCUCUUCUUCCUGCCCGUCUCUUGACCUACCUGGCUGAUCUCAUCGUGUCGCAUAUCGCAAACGGCACCCGCGGCUCGUGUUUCUUUCCACCCUGAAUCUGUUCCCCUCUUCAGGUCGGCGCAUCGGUAUCCGUACUUACUCGGCGGCUGCACCCACCCGCUUCGUUUUUUUCCCUCCCCCUCUCGUCAAUCAACAACACAGACAAAUUGCUUCUCCAAUCCAUCUCUCACACGCACGCAAGCGGGCCCCCAAGAUGCCAACUCUUCGACGCAGAGGCGAGGUCGCGCGGGCGGUCGAGGAGCCCCACAUCGACGAGACCACGACGCGCGCUAUUGAGCCCAUCGCGAGCCAUCUUGAAUCCCUCGAGACGGCGCCGGACGGCACGGUCGAGGCGCUGGGCGUCGUCAACGACGCGGCUGAGGUGGCGGCGGCGAACGCAGAGGCAAAGGAGUCGGAAGCCGCGCAGAUCAGCGAGAGGGAUCGCGACCACCAGCACUCGCGGCGGCAGCGCUCGCACCUGCCGACCGUCUUGCAGUUCCCUCUCGUGACGGUACUGAGCUUCAGCAUCUCAAGCUUGUGCUACAGCUUCUUGAGCGAGUGGAGCCGCGGAGAGCUGGCGGGCAUCUCCAAGAGCUUGGAUACUUGGAGCGACGUCGCGACCUUGGCUGGAUGGCGCAUAUUCGAGCUCGCACUGGGCUGGUUCGGCAACUUUGAUAGCUACGACCUCGCUGCGCUCAACUUGCUCGCGCAUGGCCCUCCGGUCUAUCUCAUUGCCACUUUCUACAACAUCAGCCCCGCGACGGCCGUCUCGGCCCUGGGCAUCGAGAUGCUGUCUACUUUUGUGCCUUUCCAACUUCUGAGACCCUUGUCGGGCGCGCACGCCGGUGCUAAGAACGUCGCCAACCGCGAGAUUAUCACCGACAUCCCGAUCCAGAUCUACACUACUAUCCUGGCGGCGGCCAUCUACAGUCUCACCUUGUUCACAGCCUACAAGACGUACCUGCCCACGACGCUCGUGCUCUACUUCGAAGGGCUGCCCAGCCUCGCGCCUGCCUACACCACCAACUUUUUGGCCACUCUUCCUGUGACGAUUGCGUUCGGCAUUGCCGCGAGAUCCUUCAUCUUCACGCCGUUUGUCGCAACUGGCGAGACUGACGAGGAUGAGAAGCUGGCCGAGUUCGACCCGGCCACAGCCACUCUGGGCGAGACUCUGGCGUGGAACAUCUGGGGCUACACAACACGGGAAAAGGUCGUCAUCCUGCGGACGGCUGUGGCCAUGCUCGUCACGGGCGUCAACACGUACCUGCAGACAUUCAUGACCAUCAACGGCGUCGAGUCAUACGGCGCGUCUUUGUAUGCCGGCGCCUGGGUUGGCGCCGCCUUCUUGACGGGCGUCGGUCUUGGUUUCGUCGGCGGCGGAGAUGCGUGAGAGAGGCGCUUGCCUUGCAUUGCAUCGUAACCGGGAAAACUGCCACCUGAGCGAGGGAGGUUGCAGAUUGCUUACAAUACGGGAAGGGGAGUUUGCGGGGCAUUUCGUGGGCCACGGGCAGUACUAUUGGGGAGUUCUCGAAUCCUUGGAUUGUAGGCGAGGCUCUUUGCUUGGAUCGAGAGGGGGCAAAGAUGGACAACUAAGGUUGUUGCAGCCUGCCUCGCCCAGUCAGCCAGCAAGCUGAUGUAUACCACAUAUUCUCUUUUCUCUUUUCUUCUUUUUUUCUCUUUUCGUCUGUUUUCUAUGUUUGAGUAGUGUGUUCUCUCGUUCUAUCACUGUUGGGAGCUAUCGGUUCGUGCUUCGGAAACCCGUGUAUAUACGAAGCCAGUCCACCACCAAAUGGAGUUUGCCAGGAAUACGUACGAUCGACCUUUGUCCGACCUUGCUUGCUAUCUUAUGAACCCAUCACGUCACAUUCGCUCAAUUCAACCCGGAUCGACGAGCCUGCACCCUCCCAAGUCAGCCUCGCCUAGGCAAUAAAACGCAGAAUGUGCAUGACGCUAGCGUCGAGAUUGUCCUGUCUCCCCCCUUCAGUGUUCGAGUUCUUUUAAGAGGGAGGUGGUGGCGGUGGCAUCU